AUGAUAGCUUGGUUAGUAGAACUGUCCGAGUUCGGCAUCAAGUAUGAAAGCCAUGGCCCUCUAAAAGCCCAAUGCCUGGCAGAUUUUGUGGCCGAAUUGACUCCAACCUCGGCCGACGAACAACAGGUAUGGACUUUACAUGUUGAUGGGUCCUCCAAUUCUAAAGGUGGUGGCGUAGGUAUUAUUCUGGUAGGGCCAAGUCACGUCACCUUGGAGCAAUCUCUGAAGUUUGGCUUCAAAGUGACAAAUAACCAAGCAGAAUACGAAGCGCUUCUCGCCAGACUAAGGCUGGCGCAUGACCUCGGAGCGUGGAGAAUCUCCUCCUUCGAAGAGUUCACAAUCCACCAUGUACCACGAGAGCAAAACGCUAGAGCCGACCUCCUAUCGAAGCUCGCCAGUACCAAAUGCCCUGAACAACAUUGGACCAUCAUCCAGGAGACUUUGCAUUCACCCAGUUUGGACGACAAGGUCGUCAACACAAGUGAUAGCGGAGACCAAGGAUGGAUGACAGGCAUUUGGAAUUAUUUAAAGGAGGGAGCUUUACCUGAGGACAAAGAUGAAGCUUGGAAGAUGAGGGUACGGUCAGCUAAAUUCUUCAUUGUCAGAGACGAACUAUUCAAACGCGGCAUCUCCACCCCAUUGCUCAAAUGCCUAGCCAAGCCUCAAGCUACGUACGUCGUUGAGGAGAUACAUCGAGGGAUAUGUGGCAUGCACUCCAGAGCACGCUCAAUGGUGACCAGUGUACUCCAAGCUGGGUAUUACUGGCCCACAAUGAAGUCGGACUGCCAAGCCUACGUACAAAAGUGCAAGGAGUGCCAGCAGUUCGGUAACGCACAUCGACAACCGCUCGAAGCUCUCCACCAGAUGAUGUCGUUGUGGCCCUUUGCCCAAUGGAGAAUGGACAUCCUCGGACCAUUCCCCCUCCGCAAAGGGUUUGGUAUUCCACAUUCCUUGGUCACUGACAAUGGUAGACAGUUCAUUCCGCAGAGUUUCGAAGACUUCCUCCAUGAAAUCGGAGUCAAACAGGUCCCGACCUCAGUGGAACAUCCACAGACCAAUGGCCAAGCCGAAGCCGCGAACAAAGUGAUACUCCGAGAGCUCAAGAAGUGGCUAGGAAGCGCCAAAGGCCAAUGGGUCGACGAACUCCCCAGCAUCCUCUGGGCAUACCAUUGUACCCCCCAAUGA